CCUUCUGACGUUUAUCAUGAGCGUUCGGUUGAAAAUUUUGACGUUAAAUCUAACGCACCCAAUUGUUGACAUUUCGUUUGACAGUUUGUGAUUGUGCGUGUCGUUGUUCGUCUCGCCGAUUUUAUUUAUAAAAUAUCACAUUUUGUCUAUUAAUAAACCUACGGAAUACUUUUAGAACAACAUUUAGAUACAGCAGGGGCGCUCCAAGGUGCAGUGUUUAUAACACAAGCGCGUAAUUAAAUGUGAUAUGUAUCGCGAAUAUUUCGUGUACCGAAACUAUGUUUUCAUUUAUAUUAUCUAAAUUAACCUGCGAAAAUGUUGUCUAGAAAAAGUGUGUCGAGGGACUGUACGCCUGAAAUAACUGUAUCACGUAUCAUUGAUCUAUACAAAUCAAUGUAUUGAUAAGAUAUUAUGUUAGUGUUUCGUACUGAUUAGGAGGCUGGAAAGUGAUAAUUUGGUCUGAAAGAAGUGAUAAUAUACUAUACAAUGUUGUCUUAGUGUUUGUUCUUAAAUAUUUACUUGGUGUUUUAGUGUUGAGUGUGUGGAAAUAAGUUAAAAUGCCGGGGAAAAUAAAGGUGAAGGUGUUGGCGGGUAGGAACCUGCCCGUGAUGGACCGGGCGAGUGAUACCACAGACGCCUUCGUGGAGAUCAAGUUCGGGAGCGUGACGCACAAGACCGAUGUCUGCAGGAAGUCCCUCAACCCUCACUGGAACAGCACCGAGUGGUACAGGUUUGAGGUGGAUGAAUCAGAGCUUCAAGAUGAACCGCUUCAGCUUCGGCUCAUGGACCACGACACGUACUCUGCCAAUGAUGCCAUUGGCAAGGUCGUCAUUAGUCUGGCACCUUUACUGGCAAGGGAGGCAAAUAAUGCUAAGAGCACUGCUACGCCGCAUGGUGGUGCGGUGAUGUCCGGUUGGAUCCCUGUCUUCGACACGAUGCACGGCAUCCGCGGCGAGCUGAACGUCAUCGUCAAAGUGGAGCUGUUCUCCGACUUCAACAAGUACAAGACUUCUAGCUGUGGAGUGCAGUUCUUUCACUGUCCACUUAUACCUCCGGGGUACAGAGCGACGGCGAUCCACGGGUUUGUAGAAGAGUUGGUCGUGAACGACGAUCCUGAGUACCAAUGGAUUGACAAGAUCAGGACGCCGCGAGCCUCCAACGAAGCGAGGCAGGUCGCCUUCAUCAAGCUCAGUAAUCAGGUGCAACGACUUAUAGGGCUGAAGGCUGCAGAAUUAGGCGCAAAUGCAGUUGUUGGUUAUCAGCAAGACUUUGACUUGGAGGGAGAAGCCGGUGUCGUGGCGAGAGCUGUAGGCACAGCCGUGAGCAUAACUCCUCUGCCAACACCGAGUCAGCCACUAAACAUGCCGCCUUGCACGCAACAACAAUUAAAAAAGUAUUUGGACAUUUUGGCGACUGACAACGAGAGUAUUACGGAAAUGUCUCAGUAUUAUCAAUGUCAUCAGGAUGAGUUGCAAAAACUGUUGAGUAUACUGAACCCAAACGCUUCGUCUUUGUUGGAUGAAACCGAUGCGCUAGAGGACGACGAGAAAAGUAUGGAUAUGACGCGACAGUCCAGUAUCACAAGUUACGCUGGCAGCAUGUCCAUAUAUCAAGACGAUUAUUCCCACCCAAGAAGUCUUAGACAUCUGUCCGAAGACCAAACAGAUCUGAACCGCCUUCUCAACAAAGAUAGCGAUGACUCAGACUCUUCUGGGCCCCUGAAUAAGAUCAAGAAGAUAAAAACCAACUUCUUUACCAGAAGAUUUAGUAAGCGCUCGAGAAAAUCUUCUGGAUCCGGUGAAAAACAAGAAGAUAAUAUAUCUCUACAGUCAAACGCUUCCGAUACAUCCCGAAUCUCUUUGGUAGAUAUUAAAAACGAGUUUAAAAAACUUAAGAGGUUAAAGAAACCGAAGUUCCGCGGCCAAUUUGUUAAUAAAGAGGAUGAAGGCGAAGGUAUGGCGUCUAUCCUUGCUAGGUCCAUCAUACACGUUCAGACAAGUCUUGCUUGCAUCAAGGAAAUUCAGGACUCGGAAGCCUCACCCGGUUCUACGAAAAGAAGGACAAGCGAAUCUGAACCCACGAUCAAUAUGUCUGAUGAAGAUAAAGCUAAGAAUGAAAAUGAAACUAAAGAAGAUGAUAAAACAUUGCCUGAGAUACGAUUCUCGUCUCUAAGCAAUUUGAGUUCUGAUGAGCCUAUCCCUGAGAGGCAAAGGAAGAUAUCAGAGUCUUGUCCCGCGACGCCCAUAGCUGAGAGAAGCGAUAAUCUCCUCAAACUGCCUGGAGAUGUGGGUUAUUUCGGUUCAGUUUCCUCUGCACUGUCUGGCGAAAGUUCCGAAAUAGAAUCUAGUAGCGACGAUGAAGAUGAUGAGAGCUCUGAUGUGAAGACAGACACAGAAAGGUCUAUUGAGACAACCAGCUCAGUAGUACAGUCAGUUCUAAGUCACAACCUUGAUCCUACAUUCAAAGCCAACAUGGAUAAAAAGCUAGAUACCUACCAAAUUUGUGAACCUAUUAAAGAUGAAAAACAGCAAGAGAUUAAACCAGAGAAGGAUAUGAAAGCUGUAGUAGAACAACAAGUUUUUGACAAUCAAGUGUUAAUUGAUAAAUGUAAAUCAUUGGAAUCGGUACCGCAAGGUGUCUUUAGUGGGAACUUCAAAGAGAAAAACGUCAAGUCUACCCAAGCCUCGACGUCAUCGGUGAAGGACGACACGUGUGUAACAAAGCCCAGUAGCCAUCACAUCAAGUUCCACAAUCCCUUUGCCCACAAAAAAGCUUCUAAAAGCAUUAGUGAACCGUCAUCGCCUGUAGACAAAGGCAGCUUUGUAAAUCGCUCUUCCCGACGCAUACGACGUCAACUAUCUAAAUUAUCUAAAAGCAAUAUGAUUAAAAGUAUUUCCCACUACUCUUUGCACCCGAAAAAGAAGGAAAAUAAAACACCUUUGAGUCAACCCGGGUCAUCGUCUGAUGUUAAUUCGAAAGCUCCCAGUGAGACUGUGUUAGGUUCCCCAUUUUUGUCCUAUAACGAUCUUUUGAGUCUCGAUAGUCAAAGUGUGGACACUAAUAAAUUCUUUCACAAAAGCGAUGAAUUUGAUCGCGCUAAAGUUUCCAUGUAUAUCGGAUCGGAACCUGUUUCCCGUACUUCUCUUAGCGGUAUAUCCUUUCUGUACCCUAAAGAGGAACAUCACGAGAACAAACCUGCUCUAAAGCCCACCGGCUUAGUUCACACCGCCAUGGAAACCAUUCUACUUGACAAAGUACAAUCGCUACUUAUCCCUACUUCCCCUGACCCCGACUCAGUUAGGAACAAACAGUUCUUUGAUGACGUCAAUGAAAAGUUGGGUAGAGUUGAAGAGUACCGGAAUAAUAAUGAACAUUAUUCGAGUAACGCACAUUUACCGCCGAGGCCUAAGAGUCAUUCUCCACCAGUGAACAAUAAGCCUGUGAUUGUUAGUAGCAUUAGAAAAGCUGACGCUAAACCUAGUGAACCUAAGCACAAGGAAAAGCCUCACGGUUUAGUACAGACUGCGAUGGAAACUAUGCUUAUGGACAGAGUGCAAUCAGUACUCAUGCCUUCGACCCCUGAAACUCCUGCACCUGAAAUGCACUUCGAAAGUAAUGAACGACAUGAGAAACCUGAAGGCCCUAAGUAUAAAGCUAAGAGGCAUUCGCUUAUUCACUCUUUGCUUGGCUCCAAACAUUCAGAUUCUACAACGAAAUCAGGUGGCUUAGUUCACACGGCUAUGGAAACUAUGCUAAUGGAGAAAGUCCAGUCUGUACUUGGUCCGGAAACUCCUGAACCACCUUCCGUUUUCGAUGAAUAUGACCAUUCGAAAAUUGAAGAUUGGAGGAAGACUGACCAUAAGCCACCUGGUUUGGUUCAAACCGCCGUUGAAACAAUGUUGUUAGAGAGAGCUUCAGCGCUUGGUGCUAAUUUCCCGGACCCUGUCCCAAGUAACGAAAACCAUGGAGAUAAAACGCACCACGAAGAUGAAAGUACAGGGUUGACGCACACAGCCAUAGGAACUAUAUUAAUGGAUAAAGUCCAUUCUCUAGUUGGACAUUCAGGUCUAACUUUCGUUGAACCGAAGGAUGACUUGCAUGAAGAAUCGGAGAAAUAUUUAAAAGCUAGUAAAGAUGAUUUGAGGUCUAGUGGUCUUCUGCACACUGCUAUAGAAACUUUACUCCUGGAUAAGGUACAGGCGUCUUCUUUAGGUACACCCGUUCCAGAUCCCGUUGUUCCGGUAGAAAGUGUUGAAGAUCAACCUGCAAUACCUCAUGAUGAAGCUGGUGGCUUAACUCACACGGCCGUGGAAACUAUACUUAUGGAUAAGAUCCACUCUUUAGUUGGCCAACCAGGCAUGACCUUUGUAGAACCACAGACGUUCACUAACGAUGAGUUAGAAAGAGCUGAACACAUGAACGAUGAUCUUAAGUCUCCUGGCCUAGUUAAGAGUGCUGUUAAAAGUAUACUGCUUGAAAAAGCCCAUGAGUUAGCGGAACACGGCGAGGAAGCCGUGGAAAAGAUCAAAGAUGUAAUUGAGAAACCUUUUAAAGGUUCUCAAGAGAAUAUCAAGUCUACUGGUUUAAUUCACACAGCUUUUGAAACUGUCCUCUUAGAUAAAGUCCAGACUUUAAUUCCCAACGAUACAGUUAUUGAAACGCCAAUCGUUCAACAUAAAGAUGUCCACGAAAAGCCGAGAAAGACCGCUGGGCUAAUUACAACUGCCGUUGAAACUAUGCUCCUCGAAAAAGCCGAAUCACUAUUUCCCGUAGCAAAUGUAGACUCGAAUGAAGCUAAAUCUUCGAAAGCCGUCGAAAAAAGUAAAUCCAUACCGGAACCGAAGCGAAACAACAAAACACUGACACGCCAAGAUAGUGUACAUUCAGUAACAGAAAGCGAAACGCCUAAAAUGUCCAAAAAAUCUAACAUAACUUCGAGCGACGUAACCAAUCCUGUGUUGCAAUCACAACCCAUCCGCGCACUAGAGACCAUACCUUCACUGCCCGAAUGCAGCGUAGACAUCGACGUAGAGGAGACUAACAAUAGUGUGUGUGAUAACUCGCAUGCCGUGUGCGGUGCCAACAGGAGCGAGAAGGAGAGGGAUAGGCGGGAGGAUAGGUGCGACAAGGACAGGGGAUCGCCGAGGCACGCUCGCCACGAGUCGUACGGCGGGCGGGACCCGGUGCAGGCCGCGCAUGCGCAGAACUCGUCGUUGAAUGCGACGUCGACGCCGCUCGGGAUACAUCGGAGGUCGUCGGAUUCCGAUCUCAGUGUUACACCUAAAGGUGGUUCACUGAACACGUCUGCUGGUAACGUCGGCAGCGGCGGCGGCGCCAUCUUGCGGCCGUCCAUGAACAGCAACAACCUCGACAUGCUGGAGUAUCCCUUCCUCACCAUGACCGAGUUCCCGCCAGGAUUCAUUGUACAUAUAGGCGGCACGGUGUGCGCCCGCUCGGUGAAGCUGGCGGACGGCGGCGAGGGCGCGGCGCGCGCGGCCUGGUGGGCCGAGCUCAGGACCGAGCUGCGGGCGCACGCGCGCGCGCUGCGCUGCAACGCCGUCAUAGCCUACACCGACACCACCGCCAUCUGCGAGGAUGUUUGCGUGCUUUCUGCAUCCGGUACUGCGGCUGUUAUCAAUCUAGACUGCGACUUCAACGCCGAAUCUGAACCCUCCACAGCUACCAGCGGCUCUAAGAGCGCGAUAGACGAGUUGGAGCCGGACGCGUGCAGCAUGGCCCACGUGCCCUACUCGCCGGGCGCGGGGCCCUACAGGGCAGAGCUGUCCACCUGCGGGGGCUGCAGGAGAGCCCGAGUGCCCACAGUACUGCUUGCGACGUGCUCCAAACCUAACAAAUUAGUGUCACACGCAAAAGCCGUCACUGUUACAGCCGUAGCGGCCCGCGUCCGGCGCGCGGCCCCCACGUCGGAGCCGGGCGCGCGCGACCUGUCGGACCAGCUGCCCUUCCUGGAGUACGAGCUGCACAAGCUGCUGCUCGCCAAGCUGCGCAUGCAGGGUGCGAACGCGUUAUUCUCCCUACAAACACAAAUAGCAGUAGGAGAGCGCUGUGUGAUGGCGCUAGCGAGCGGCACAGCGUGCAGACUGGCCGCCUUGCCGCCGCCCGCACCGCCUACUAUUAAGGCUUCAGAAAAAGACAAGGACGCUUUGGAAAUACAGAAAGCGUUAUGGGAGUCGUUCUCUGCUAACAGGGCGGCCAACGGAUUUGAUAUAGGUGGUACAGAGCACAAUACAAAUGGCGCAUUAGCUGAGGUUGAAGGUGAAGAUGCUCCCGCGCUGGACCUGUGCGCGGACAAGGACGCCUGCGUGUUGGAGCUGGAUGAGGCUGAAGAUGUGGAAACAGCGCGGGCUCUAGCCAAGCGUCACGUGAACAUGCAAGUGUACACGCACGGACUCAAACCCGUCAUUGGCGCCGCACCGCAAGCAUUCGCGCAGGUGUGGCGCGGGCGGCUGUCGCUGUCGGGCGGCGGCGGCGUGAGCGCGGGCGAGCGGCACGUGCGGCGCGCGCUGGACGGCGUGGCCUACAAGCUGCGCCGGCUGCAGCCCGCCGCGCUCGCCAGGCCGCGCUUCCAGAUAGAGCUGCCCGAGGAUGAAAUCCAGCUUGUAGUAUCAGGGGCAGCUAUACCCCUGCAAGACCCAAACAGUCCUGAAGCCAAUGGCCUAGAAAACGGCCAUAACCAGGGCAGCCACGGAAGCCAGGGUAGCCAGGGAAGCCAAGGAAGCCAGGGCAACGGAUCCGGUGACGCUGAUGAUGAUAUCUUCGCGUUGGAUGAGGAGCAGCUUGUGAAGAGUCAGCCUGAGGUCGUGGAAGAGAAGAAUAGUAUUAUUGGGCAUGUACCUACGACUGUUUCGCUAACGACUCUGAGCCACGUGAGCGGCAGUCGUGUGUCGAGACGACUCUGUGCAUUGCGACUGCUAUUUGUAAGAGAGACCACCGCUGUGAGGGAGCUAGGCGGUCUCAGCGGGUUUCUACAUACCUUCACCUGCGAGGUGAUGGCGAUAGUCCGGUCGUACACGGCAGCUUUAGGCGGAAACGCUCUGACGUCAUUCUACAUCACACAACUCAUGCUACAAGACAAUGCGCACAAGAACCAGGGUCAAUGCUUGCUGUCCGUCGGCGGCGACGUAGUCCACAUUACCUAUUGAACGUACCAAUACAUGACAUAUCUAUGACAUACACGUUUAGGAUACAUCCGGUUUUGUAUAUACUUGUAGACAAUUUAACAGACAAAAAUGUAUCUUACUCUUUCUUGCCUUGCCUGAUAGUGUAACAGAAUAAAGUGCGAGGGAGAUGGGAAUAUGUUAAGCUUUAUUUUGGAUCUUAAGGUCGUGUUAAUAGGAUUGAAAACAAACUGCGAAUGUAAAAUUAAUAUUUUGCUUGCUAUUCUUGACAGUUGUGGUAACUUAAACUGAUUUGAGAGAGGCUAGGCUUGCCUACUGCUGUUAUAUACGUGAGGGAAAGAGAAAACAGAUAAAUUGGUGCCGUAACGUGCUACGUAACGUAGCGGUUUACCAUAGGUACCAUAAUAAAUCAUCAUUUCAAAGAGUCCUUUGUUGAACAAAACCCCGAAUGUUGGAGUAAAAUGCUUAUAGAGUCAAAAUCAUUAAAUAUCAUUGUUAUAUAGUGGCACUUUUCAAAUCCUAUUGACACGGGCUUCAGUCAAAUCUUUAAUUGCUUUCUUGUUUGAAAUGCUCAUAAUUAAGUUAAGUUAUACAAAUCGAAGUUUAUUAAUAUAAUUUUAAUUAACCCUAGUGUAAUUAAGCCGCUUUUUUAGAUUAGAAAAGAUGAUUCCUAAACGUUUAUUUCGUUUUAAUAUUAAGACAGACUGUUUAAUCAAUUCUGUGUUAUUUACAAUUUUAUUGUUUCUUUUUUUGUAUGGCAGGAAUUGUAAUUUUUUAUUGCCUAGUCAGGAAUAACAACGAAUUAAAAUUAUGAACCUUAUUCCUUUUGGAAAGAAGAGUUAUAAAGUUACAGGCAACGAAUUGUGUGACAAUUGUUAUACACGUCAAAUACAGUGUAUCAGAUUAAAAAAACAAUGAAAUAAUGAUGUCUCCCUCACUCCUAAGCAUAGUGACAAAGACAUCAUGAGAAAAUAG